UCAGUUGAGCAGCCGUGGUGCUGCCUGGCGUGGUGUUGUCACACUACACAGCUGCUGCUCUACCCGCUGUCCGGCACAUAUUUCGUCGAAAUGACGGCGAAAUUUGUGGCCAUAGCCAUCCAGGACAACCCUAAUGGGUGGGGCCCUAGUGAUGUGCCCGAGCAGUUCAAGGACAUGCCCUACCAGCCCUUCUCUAAGGGAGACAGGCUGGGCAAGGUAUCAGAUUGGACUGGUGCUACCUAUCAAGAUCGGCGAUAUGCCAUCAAGUAUCAGUCAACCUUUGGAAGCAUGCAGCAGUAUGCAUAUUACCAUGAGGAGGAUGAGUCCACCUUCCAACAUGUAUACAAGACUAAUGUGCCCAAGCCGUUAUACCAGCGUGGCCGUUACAUGCGUAAUCAACGUAACUUAAAAAAUCAGCGCAACCAGAAGGGUCAGCAAAUGCAAGUCCUUGGCAAAGGCAACAAGAGAGAAUUUGGAUUUCAGAACAAGAACAACUGGCAGAAACAGCAGUACCAGCGUAAUCGCUGGAACCGUAGUGGACACCCUCCUAUCAAAAACCGUGAUGCUUCUGUUACUGUACGUCCUGAAUGGAAGGUGAUUGAGGAAAUGGACUUCCCUCGAUUAUCGAAGCUGUCCUUGCCCAGUGUGGAUGAUCCAAAAGACUUGUAUCUUUGUGGCUCUCUAGAGUACUAUGACAAGGCUUAUGAUCGUGUAACUGUCAAAAAUGAGAAAAAGCUGACUCGUAUUAAUCGCAUCUUCCACAAGGUCACCACCACUGAUGACCCAGUAAUUCGUCAGUUGACCAAGACUGAAGAUAGUAAUGUCUAUGCUACUGAUGCCAUUUUGUCAACUAUCAUGUGUUGCACACGAUCUAGCAAUUCCUGGGAUGUGGUCGUUCAGAAGAUUGCUGGGAAGCUUUUCUUUGACAAGAGAGAUGACUCUGAAUUUGAUUUGUUGACUGUGAGUGAAACUUCAAGUGAGCCACCCCAGGAAGAAGGAAAUUCUCUGAAUUCUCCACGGAACUUGUCUUUAGAGGCUACCUUCAUCAAUCAUAAUUUUUCUCAGCAAGUUCUACGUAAUGAUGGAAAUCGAUUCAAGUUUGAGCAUGACAACCCAUUCCUGGAUGAGGAUGAAGAGGAUGAAGUAGCUCCGGUUGGUUAUCGGUAUCGCAAGUGGUGUUUAGGCAAUGACAUCAACUUAGUGGCACGUACAGAACAUGAUGCUGUUCAGGCUGCGCCAAACAAUGAAAUUCAGUUCAUUAACAUCAAGGCACUGAAUGAAUGGGAUUCCAAGCACUCUGGUGGAGUUGAUUGGCGUCAAAAGCUCGAUACUCAGCGUGGUGCAGUAUUGGCUAAUGAGCUGAAGAAUAAUGCUUGCAAGCUUGCCAAGUGGACUGUUCAAGCCAUGUUAGCAGGAUCUGAUCAGAUUAAGUUUGG